CAUUCAGAGCCAAACUACAGCGACGCAAUUGCAACUUUUGAACUUUAUUUCUUAAAUGAAAGUGUCGCACACAACUCCUGAAGUUCACCGAGGACUGUUGACGUUUAACGGGGACCUGAACACCAGAGUCGGGUCAGGAAAUAAGGGAUUAAAGGACUUUAGUUGAAGCAGGAAGAUAAUGGUCGCUGGAGGACUCGAAUAACGACAGAGUAAACCAGCAACACGCACGCACACAUACACACACACACACACACACACACACACACACACACACAGUGAGGAGACCAUGUGGUGGUUCCAGCAGGGUCUGUGUUUCCUGCCUGCAGCGCUGGUCAUCUGGACGACAGCGUCCUUCGUGUUCGCUUACAUUACAGCGGUGGUGCUGAGACAUGUGGAUCCUCUGGUGCCUUACAUCAGUGACACAGGAGCGAUGGCACCUGAGAGGUGUAUAUUUGGCAUCAUGCUGGAUGUGUCAGCCUUUUUAGGUAUGGCCACAGUGUAUGUGCGUUACAAACAGGUGGAGGCUCUGACAGAUGAAGGCGAGCUCAAACUGAACAGACUGAACCGCUUCGGGCUGCUGCUCGGCUUGAUCAGCUCCUUUGGGAUGUGUGUGGUCGCCAACUUCCAGAAGACCACACUGUUCUCGAUGCACCUGGUGGGUGCGGUGCUGACCUUCGGGGUUGGGGCUCUCCACAUCCUGGUUCAGACGCUGCUCUCGCUCCUCAUGCAGCCUCACAUCCACAGUAAGACCAUCUUCCUGGUCCGCCUCGGCAUCGGAGUCUGGACCCUGAGCAGCAUCAUCAGCAUGUUCAUAUCAUCAGUGAUUAUGUACAGCAGCCUUCCAGGAGUGGACGUACCUAAAAAACUGCACUGGAUCCCUGGAGAGACGGGUUACACGGCUCACAUUAUCAGCACUGUGUCUGAGUGGUCUCUGGCUCUCUCCUUCAUCAGCUUCUUCCUCACCUACAUCAGAGACUUUCAGAAAAUAACUUUGCGAGCAGAGGCAGAUUUGCAGAGCAGCCACCUGUACGACAACUGGCCACCCGGUGGCAUCACAGCAUCAAAUCACAGCCAUGACGCUUUGGAGUCGUCUCCACUGCUGGCAGGAGGAACGUGACCGGCUGCAGAGCAUCUCACUGCUUUUAAACCAAUUUCCACUUUUUCUAAACACGUUUAAAGACUUUUUAUAAGGACUUUUUUUAAAGCUGGUGUGGUGGCUCUGAAAGGGUCAGUACAUCCAAAAACAUACUCUCUCUUCCCUCUAGUGGCAUCUGUCAAGUCAAAUAGUUUGAGUUUUUAUAUGUCCAAGUUUGGAGAUUUCUGCCAGUCUGCGCUGUUUAUGGCUGAUCCAAUCAAUCAGAUCAGGACAAAACAAAGGCUACUUUUAGUCUUUAAAAUAGUAGGACAUACAGGUGAGAAUUAGAAGAAAAUACCAAAAAGUCCCCGAGAAACAGCGGCAAAUGGGGGAUCAAAAACUUUUAUCUUCAGUCUGGAGGAGCACAGUCAACUUAUUUCAAAUGUAAACAUUAAAGCAUGUUAAAUGUGUCAUGUUGGAUGCAGUUAGAAAAUGUUGUGACACCCUCUCCGUGUUUUUAGCCACGGCCCACGACCCAGAUUUUUAACAGCGUUUCACCAGACCUCUAGAAACAGUUGACCGAGCAGGUAGAAAAUAGUUGCUAUAGUUAGCUAAUAUUAGCCAAUAACGUUGGCUAGUAACGUUAGCUUGACAGCAACGCAUCCAUGUCCAGAGUUGAAAUGUAAAAGACAAUUAUAAUCAAGCAAAUUUACUCACCUGACCAAAAACAAGAUGGCAGUCAUUAACGUUUUGGAGCCAUCAGCAUACAAAUACUUUAAGUCCUCUAGACUCUAUACGCUUUCUUUGCUCACCCUGUGCUGUUAGUAACGUUUGGAGGUGUGGAGGACGAGGUCAUUUGUAAUGUCGACCCUUCACCCUUCUAACGUGACAGCUGAAAUAUUCAACAUUAACAUUUCUUUCAGUAACAGAGUUCCUGAUACUCUGGAUACCGCACAGAGCAAACAAGAGACAAACCAAACUAACUGACUGGAGAGAUAAUACGAAGGGGAAGAGACAGAUUUGCUGUUUUGUUUUUUUUUUCCGUUACAAUUGGGUGAAAUGAGCCUUUAAACCCAAAUAUGAGGCUUUGCACUUGUCCUUCAAACUGCAUCAGUCCGUUUCAGUGACUGUUCACUUCAGCGCUGCACUUUAUGUCAUUUAUACUUACUGUUUAAAAAAAAGAGUGUGUUUUACUUUGAGGUUUAAGUUAUGCUCCCUCUCCCGUCACGUGUCAGUGAAGCCCACUGAGUCAUAUGGUAGAAAAGAACAUUUAUUAAAAAACGAAUGAUGAUGAAAUGGGCUCACCGCUUUAAAUUGGAAGAGGAGAGAAUAUUUGUCAGAGCGCUGAGUGUCAGUCUGUGUAUGUAUCUGUAUCUGUAUCUAUGCAUAUAGGACAGGUUGUGAUUUUAACUAAUUGUCUGACAUCAAUCUGGGUUUUAUAUUAGUUGCAUUCCAUUUGUUUAUUUUAAAGGUGUUUUCAGUAAAUACUACUGAUUAUUACAGUAUACAUAUAUUUAUUGUUUUUACUGUAAAAGCCGUGUUCAUACUGCAGAUGCAUUAUUCCUUUUAAGCAAUGUGCACAGUUUUCUUUAGAAACUGAAUUACUGCUGUGCUCGCCUGUAGGUGACGCUGGUUGGCGGGUUUAUAAAUGUUCUGACAGUAACUGAACAGCUUCUGCUGGAGAAUCAGCAGCCUGAUGAACGUCAGAUUGUGGUAACAUGCUGCAGUAUGCCACCAGAAUAUUUAAAUACUUUGAUAUAUUAAGUUAAAUAAGUAUUAAGUUAAUAUAUUAGUAUUACAAAUUGGUUCAGUUUGUAUUUAAAUAAUACAUAAAUUCACUUUAAACAGUGCAGUUAUUCUGAUGGCACACUCCAGACUCCACAGUACCUGCUGUCGAUUAACUGAGAACAUAAAUAAUAAUAAAUAAGAAGAGAAAUAAACAUUAAUAUUUAAGCAGAUACAAAGCUACUGAACUUCCAACCCUGAGUUUCAACUGUACCUUGUAUUGUUGGUGUGAUGUUCAUGUUAAGACUAAUAAAGAUAUAUCUCUUUGUA